AUGUCCAACAAAGUCGUUCUCAUCUCCGGCGCCUCUACAGGCUUCGGUGCCCUUGCUGCACGCCUCAUAGCUCAAAAUGGCAACACAGUCUAUGCUUGUGUGCGCGAACACGAGAAAGCAGAGAUUACGAGCAUCGAGUCGUUCGCUAGAGAGCACAAUGUUGACCUCCGUCCCCUCAUUCUCGACGUCACGGACACGGACGUUGUCAAUGCGGCAGUCGACGCUGUCAUCCGCGAGUCAGGACGUAUAGAUGUGCUCCAUCAUAAUGCUGGACGCUCUAUGAUAGGCCCAGCUGAAGCGUUCACGCCUGAAGAAAUGAUGAAGUACCUCGACGUCAACUUCCUGGGCACACAGAGGCUCAAUCGUGCGGCGCUGCCGCAUAUGCGCAAGGCUAGAACUGGCCUAGUCAUGUGGACCUCGUCAUCAAGCGUAAAAGGUGGCGUGUCACCUUUCGUUGGCCCGUACUUCGCGGCCAAAGCAGCCAUGGACUCAUUAGCGGUGUCUUAUGCUGGCGAGCUCUCGCGCUGGGGGAUCGAGACCAGCAUCAUCGUACCAGGGAUAACUCCAAGCGGCACCAAUAUGUUUGCGACCCUAGGCAAACCCGACGAUCCAAAACGCGAGGCAGAAUACAUGGAGGGUCCUUACAAAGGGUUUUUCAAACAAUUUAUGGAGGCUGUGACGAAGAUGUUGCCACAAGACGUGGAUGCUGGGGAGGUGUCCAGAUUGAUGGCUAGGAUCGUGGAGAUGCCGCAUGGAACGAGGCCGUACAGGGUUCAUAUCGAUCCAAGUAAUGACGGAUCUGAGGUCGUGAGUGCUGUGGCGGAUCGGGUCCGGGCGGAAAUGUUCCGAACCCUUGGCAUGGAAGACAUGUUAAAACCGAAACUAGCCAUCUCUUCGUAG